UCCUCUAUCGCCCGUUCGUUCCCUUACGUGCUAAGGCACCAUGGCUAUGCAGCUGGCCGCGUCCCCGGACUCCGAACACUACGUCGCCAAGUCCCCGCCGCCCCCGCCGCCUCUGUCCCCGCACCCGCCCCCGGCCCCGGCGGCCGUCAAGCCCAAGUCGCCGCAUGUCUCGCAGGGCGGCGGCCAAAGGGCGCCCGUUGACACGGGGACGACGCCCCUGACACCUGGCAGGGACAGGGCCCGCCACGACCACGGUGGCGGUGGCGGUGACGAAGCCCAGGUGCUCAACGGGAUCGUCCUCGUGCUGCGCGCCGCCGCCGCGCUGCUGUCCUUCGUGGCCAUGGCGCUCGUCGCAUCCUGCCGCCACGGGGACUGGAUGGACUUCCUCCGCUACCAGGAGUACAGGUAUCUUCUCGGGGUCUCCGUGGUUGCGUUCGUGUACUCUGCGGCGCAGGCGUUGAAGAAUUUCGGCCGGAUGCGCCGCGGCGACGCACACGCGAGCUUCCUUGAUUUCGCCGGCGAUCAGGCGGUGGCGUAUCUGCUGGUCACGGCGUCGGCGGCCGCUCUCCCGAUCACCAUCCGCAUGAGGUCGGCGGUGGUCAAUGUCUUCACGGACGCCAUCGCCGCGUCCAUCGUCCUCGGCUUCCUCGCCUUCGCGGCGCUCGCCCUGUCCGCCAUGCUCUCCAGACGGGCGUAGUACGACUAUCUUAGCUAGCCAGGCCAGCAUGCAGUCGGCCCAUCGUGAGUAGUGACAUCCAUCCAUGGUUGUUGACUUGUUGUAGAAGAAAAUUAGUUAAAUCCAGGAGAAAAACAAGGGAAAAAACCAAAGUUCAGAGUAA